GUCAGGCCUUCAAAUUUCUGAACUCUUGGACACUUCAUGAUACUUUUCACAGUUUGGUUAAGGAUACAUGGUCAGGCAGCCCCACUGUGGGUGGUAUGAGGGGAUUGGCCAAUAUUAAUAAGCUACAACACACUAAAGUAGCCCUCAAGGAAUGGAACCAAAAGGUCUUUGGGAACAUUUUCACCAAACUCAAUGAUGCUGAACAACUGGGCUCCCAAGCUCACGUGGAAUAUGAGAACUUUCCAAAUGAGAUCAAUAGGGAAUCAACACAACUUGCCAAUGCCAAACUUAUAAAGGCAGUUAAUGAUGAAAAAGAGUACUGGAAACAAAAAGCGAACAUCAGAUGGCUUGACAAAGGGGAUGCAAACUCAAAUCUCUUCCAGGCCUUUCCUAAGAGGAAGAGGAAGAAGCUUUCAAUCACUCAUAUUCUCUCAACAGAAGGGAAGGGUCUUUCCUCCCCAGGGGAGAUAAAAGAAGCUGCUCUAACCCAUUUCCAAAAACUCUACAAGGCUGAUCAUAAUCCUAUUAUUGAGCCAAUUAUUCCUCUCAUCCCAAAGGUUAUAACCCUGGAAGACAACUCCCUCCUUACUGCUUUACCAACUUUGGAGGAAGUUAAAAGAUCAGUCUGGGAGCUUGAUGGUAACAGUGCAAGUGGUCCUGAUGGAUAUAAUGGAAACUUCUUCAAACACUGCUGGGAGAUUAUCAAGAGGGAUGUCCUUCUAGCCUCCCAGAAAUUCUUCCUUGGCGUGCCUGUCCCUAGGGCCUAUGGCAGCACCUUGCUAUCCCUUAUCCCCAAGAUUGGUAAUCCCAAGAAAUUUGAUGAUUUUAGGCCAAUAUCUCUGUCAACUUUCAUGAGUAAGAUUAACACAAAGAUAUUGGCCAAUAUGCUCAAAUUGCUCCUGCCCAAACUCAUCUCCCCUGAGCAAGUUGCUUUCCAACCAGGCAAAUGUUGGAUCUGGGCGUAGGUUGUUAGAGGAAAAACAGUGGUUUUAGAUGGAGAAGGAGUGAUAGUCGAUUACCUAAAGAGAUAAUCGAUUAUGGAAGGGUUCAGUUUCUCAAAGGAUUUGGUGGAGAGUUUCUGAAGGGGUUGAUAGUCGAUUUACACAAAUAUGAAAAUCGAUUAUUGGUGACUGCAGAUGUUUCUUGUGAGUGGAUAAUCGAUUAUUCCAAGCUGGUAAUCGAUUAUUGGGCAGUUUCAAGGAACAAAAAGGAAGUGUUUUAGUAACGGGGAUAAACCAAGGAGGUCUAAGAGAUAUAACACACUCUUAUCCUUUCUUGGGGUUGAAAUCUAGAUUUCAAUUAAGAUAUAACACACUUAAAGAAAUACUAGAACCUAACACUCACACUUAAGGAAACCAACCUUAAGAUAUAGAAAUUAGGAUUUGAAAACAGAAUACAACCAGUGUAUUUCUAUCUUGAAAUGAAGAAUACAAUCUGUUUUCAAAUGAGGCCUAUGGCCGAAAUAAACAACAAGGGAAAGGGGGAAAUUACAAGCUUUGUUCCUUAAUCAAAUCACCAAAAUAUG